CAGUGGCAGAAGGGACCAGGUCAACACAGGGCCCCACCUUCACCUGGGAGCCGCCACGACACCUCCACUUCACCAACACCAGCGGCGCCUCCGUCAACUGUGUGGCUGAGGGUGUGCCUGUCCCUACCGUGUCCUGGAGCUACCAAGAUGGUCGACCUCUAGACCAGAUGGAGGGUGUGCGUCAGGUGCUGGACAACGGGACGCUGGUGUUCCCGCCCUUCCCCGCCCACCACUACCACAGUCACGUACACGCCGCCACGUACACCUGCACGGCGUCCUCCCCGGGGGGCGUCUUGCUGGCCACGCCCAUGAUCGUCCGUGCUGGUACGUGA